CGCACGUCGAUAUAUAAAAGAAAUCGUUGAGGUAACGUCCAGUAGUGUUUAUUAUCGCGCAUGGUCGCUCGCCUGACCAUGACUUUGAAAUAUAUUUUAGUUUUGUUAGCUCUGACCGGCGUAAAUGUCAACUGCAAAACAACAUACAAAAUAUGCGUGCCUUCGCAACAUUUGAGGGCGUGCGAGGAGAUGCUUCAAGUGGAAACAAAAAGCAAGGCCAUUUUAGAGUGUGUUCCAGCAAGAGAUAGGGUGGAAUGCCUGACAUUCGUGCAACAGCGCCAAGCAGACCUGGUGCCUGUGGACCCAGAGGACAUGUACGUGGCGUCUAAGAUCCCCAACCAGGACUUCGUGGUGUUCCAAGAGUACAGGACUGAUGAGGAACCUGACGCCGAGUUCCGGUACGAAGCAGUGAUCGUCAUCCACAAGGAUCUGCCCAUCAACAACUUGGAUCAGCUCAAGGGGUUGAAGUCGUGUCACACUGGCGUCAACAGAAAUGUUGGUUACAAGAUCCCGCUGACGAUGCUGAUGAAGCGGUCAAUCUUCCCCAAGAUGAACGACAGAACCAUCUCCCCGAAGGAGAACGAACUUCGUGCCCUUUCCACUUUCUUCAAGAAAUCCUGCAUCGUUGGGACAUGGUCACCUGACCCUAAGACGACGUCCUUUUGGAAGAGCCAAUACAGCCAGCUGUGCGCGAUGUGCGAGCACCCAGACGUCUGCGACUACCCCGACAUAUACAGCGGGUACGAGGGAGCCCUGAGGUGCUUGGCGCACAACGGCGGCGAAGUCGCCUUCACCAAAGUCAUCUAUACCAAGAAGUUCUUCGGGUUGCCAGUUGGAAAAACACCAGCUAGCCAAUCACCAGAGAACCCUGACGAGUUCGCGUAUCUUUGCGUGGACGGGUCCAAAGUACCGGUCAGGGAGAAGCCUUGCUCGUGGGCUGCUAGACCGUGGCAAGGGUUGUUGGGUCACAACGAUGUAUUGGCAAAACUCUCGCCUUUGAGGGAGAAGAUCAAGCAAUUGUCCAACGCUGGUGCCGCGAGUAAACCCGAAUGGUUCACUAUGGUGCUGGGUCUAUCUGACAAGAUCCACCACGUAGCAGAUAACAUUCCCAUCAAGCCUGCCGACUAUCUGAAGAAGGCCAACUAUACAGAGGUCAUCGAAAGAGGACACGGACCACCAGAACCAGUUGUCCGGUUGUGCGUAACUUCCAACGUGGAACUGGCUAAGUGCCGUUCUAUGUCAGUAUUCGCAUUCAGUCGGGACAUUCGGCCCAAACUAGACUGCGUCCAAGAAUCUUCACAGGAGGCCUGCUUUAAGAGUGUCCAAGACAACGGUUCAGACUUGGCAUCUGUGGAUGGUAUCCGUGUAGCUGCAGCAUCCAAACAAUACAACCUCCAUCCGGUCUUCAACGAAGUGUACGGAUCGACAAAAACACCCAAUUACGCUGUAGCGGUUGUAAAGAAAAACACUCCCUUCAAUAACGUCGAGGAUUUGAGGGGGAAACGAUCCUGCCACAGUUCAUACGGCAAUUUUGGAGGAUUUGCUGCCCCGCUGUAUUACCUCAUUAACAAGGGAAAAAUAACAUCCGACCAAUGCGUGAAGAACUUUGGCGACUUUUUCUCAGGCUCAUGUUUGCCUGGAGUCGACAAGCCAGAGAAUAACCCUAGAGGUGACGACGUCUCCAAAUUGAAGAAACAAUGUUCAUCGAACAACAGUCCAUGGGUGUGUCUGCAAGAGGACAGAGCUGACGUCGCCUUCGUGUUGAGUGCCGAUUUAUCAAACUUCGACGCAUCUCAGUAUGAGCUGCUUUGCCUGAACCGGGAGGCCGGCGGCCGCGACAGUGUUGCCAACUUCGCCACAUGCAACAUAGCGUUAGCGCCGACAAGGACUUGGCUGUCGGCCAAGGACUUCCUCUCCGACGUGUCCAUAGCUCAUACACCACUGAGCUUGGCGGAGUUACUUGGCGACAGAAGUGACCUGUUCAAUAUUUAUGGGGAGUUCCUCAAGAAUAACAAUGUUAUUUUCAAUAAUAAUGCCAAAGGACUUGCAACUACAGAGAAAACAGACUUUGAAAAAUUCAAGAAUAUCCACAAUGUUCUGCAUAAUUGUGGAGUUUCCUAAUUUAUUUUAAUUUAUUCUAAUGUUUUAUGUAACUUAUUUACAUAAUAACACAUUAUUUAAUCAUUAAGAAAGAGACUGUAAAAAAUAACCUCACCAAUAAAACAAAUCGAAUUAUGUGUAUUUAAUAAAAUUUAUUACAUCGCUUAAAUUGAAAAUAAAUAAUAAUACCAAAAAGUCAACAAA